AUGUCGUGGAACCCUAAGAAGCGCCUCUCCCCCGCACGGCGCCAGCAUGUCCAAGAAAACCUGCGAAAAAUACAUGCCCGUCAGCAAAACAAGGAGAACAUGCCGCCACCGGGUGCUGCUCCUCCGGUUCCUCCUGCAAACAAUGUCUCUUACCCCCCACCAUCCGCGCCAGGCAUCCCGAGGGCCACCGCCUCGACGCGAAAGAACACACUGGAAAAAAUGGGUCAGAAACUGGAUAUUGAGCGACAGCGGAGUGAAGCUCACCGGCGCGAGCUCCACAACGCGCGCCGACGCGAGCGUCGACUUCGCAGCGUCAAGGAUACGUUGCAGGCGAAGUUGAAGGGAUCCGAGGCUGAAAGAAGGAGGGAGGCAGUGGCGGCCAAGGCGAGGUUGGAGGAGAUACAAGCCGAGGCGGUGGAACAGGUCGCGCGCGCCGAGGCGCGGGCUGAAGCCGCUGAGAUUCGGGCAUGGGAGGCAGAGGCUCGGAUGGAAGGAGAGGCCGAACGACUCGGGGCCGACAUGGAGAACGUCUGCGAAGCCGCGAACCUCCAAAUCCGAAUGGCGCAGGCGGAUGCAGCUGCCUCCCGUCAGGCUGCCGCCGCUUCGACCGCCGAAUUGUGGUCCACCCGCACGCAGGCAGCGAUCACCUUGGAGGAUCACCAACGGACAGCGGCUGCCGCUCUUGCCCAAGCUCAUGCACUUGCGGAGGUGCGCGUUGAGGCCGCAGAGGCUCGCGCGGAGGAGGCGGUCCUUACGGCACGCUGCGAGAUUGCGAAGGCUGAAGCGCAGGUCCAGGCUGCCACAGAGGCUGCACAGGAUGCCUGGCGCAAGGCCGAGGACGCCGUGGAUGGUAUGCGCAUUGAGCUGGGCAAGUACGCAGCGCAGCUCGAGGCGAGAGCGCAGUCGAUGGUAAACAAUGUUUCGUGGCUUGCGGGAUGGGCGGUCGUGGAGAUGGAUACUCGCACACGCCUCUGGAUUGCCGAGGCUGAAGAGCGGGCGCGCAACUUGGAGGCGAGCGCAGCAGAGGAAAUCGAGCGGGAGCGGGCGCAGUCACAGGCCGAGAGGGCACGAACGAAGCUCUGGGCGGAGGAGGCAGUGGCCGAAGUCGAGGGGAGACUGUGCGCCGCGAUGGAGGAGGCAGAUGCCUAUCUGGACCAAGCACGACAGAUUCCUGCACUCACAACUGGAGGAGGCAGUUCGCGCUGCUGA